AUGCCGCGCCUCAUCCUGACAGUGCUUAUCCUCCUCCUGUUCUGCCAGUCUUCAGCUCUCGCAAAACCCUUGAACUCAACUCUAGGAUCAAAACAAAAGCGCGAUGACCCUACUUUCAUCGGUAAUAGUGGUGAGCCUACUUUUAUCACCGUGACCUUUCCCGGUGAUCCUCUCGACCCUGCUGGUCAGGCCGUCAAUCUAGGCGAUCCCAUCGAGGGAACCUCAGCAGAUUUCUUCAAGCGAGCUUACCAUGACGCGAUGAUUAUGGCAGACCAUGCUACCAGAUGGCCGGAGGAAGGAAGAGACGCUUCGAAUAUGUACUUUGGCUCUGGCGUCGAAAAGACGCCUCAUAAGGAGAACAUCAUGACAAACAUUGCGAGAGCCUCAAAAUGGGACAACAAGGGAGGGUUCGACAACUAUAUUAUUCUGGACUGCCUAGAUGAAUGGAAUAAGUGUAGCAAGAAGGUCGGAAAAGACGAAAGAGUAGUCACUUGCUACACGAUCAACACAGGCGGUGGAUGGUGGCUGAAGUCAACAAUUUACUGCUGUCCACCAUUCUUCACCAUGUCGAACGUUGAACAACAGCAUGAUUAUUGGAAAGACAAACCAACAAGCCAGUUGGAUCUACGCUAUAUGCAGACCAGCGGUAAUGUAGUUAUCCACGAGAUGCUACACACCAAGCAAAUCACUCAAAAUCGGCCAGACGUUUUUGAUCAGACAUUCUGUUUUGGAUGUCGUCGAAUCUAUGGACCUGUUGAUGUCGCGAAAGCAGCAGCGAAUCCAAACCUCAGCCCAACAUUCACAGCCUACAACUGUGACAGCUAUGCUCAGUUCGUAAUAGCAAUGUACUGGCAAGAACUGUUCAACGUCCUCCCCCCACCCCAAUCAGCCACCUCCGUAGCACCACCCAACUUUAUCGACGGAAUCCAAGACUCUUCAUCCAACUACGAGAUUCAAGUCCUCCCCCCUCCAAUACCUAUCUGUUUCGGCCAGCCCUCCAACAAACCCUCUUUCAAAAACAACUACGCCUACCAACGCAUCAACGAAGUCUGCCACACUUUUACCCGGGACGCUGGUCUUACAGUCGACUCCUACACGCACAAACGCUCUCUAAUCGGCUUCCAUGCUGGCAACACCCUGCCAGAAUCAGAUAACGAUCUGUACAUCUCCGUAGCGAAGGAUCCUGUGUGUCGACCUGAGACAACAUAUCUCGUUGAUGAAACAGAAUGUGCGUAUCUGUUGCACACCGUUGUUGAUCAGUGUAAUCCUGAAGCGUCAGCGUUCAAUCGGAAGUUUGGGGGCAGGGUAAGAAGACACUGUGCUAUUUGGAGUGUGGAGGGUAAGUUUGGGCAUACGGGGGAGUUCCCACCUCCUCCAUAUUGA